CUCCUCUUUUUCUUCCUUGCCGUCCCUCUAUCUACUUCUCCCCUACUUUCCCUCCAUCAUACUUGCUCCCGUCCUUGCUUUCUCUUCCUUCUCCCUCCUUUCUGCUUUAUACCCUCCAUCUGCCCCUCCCUGCGUCCUUCCUCAUUCCCUCCUCCCUCGUUCCUCUCUAGCCUUGAAGGAAAACUAGCCAGUCAUCAGGAUGAUGUAUCCUAGCAACAGUGACAUCCCGCCUAUUCAGUAUCAGGAUGAACCAAAUUUAAUUUUUGGAUGAAGAGGAGGAGCAGGAGAAGAGUAGAGACUGUGAUUGGAGGGAGUGGAAGGGGGAGGAGGGGCGAGGGAGGGUAAUACCCAUCACUUGAUAUCAGUUGACACAUUUUUUUUUUUUAUUGUAUAAUUCUGGACCAAAUGUUAAUCACACAGUGUUCAUUUUAAAAAUCAAACACUAACUGCACAUAUUGAGGUUCACUCUGUCUCCUCCUAAACCUCUUGGAAACUAUAUAUCAUUGGUAAAGCAUUUUUCAUAGUCAGAAACCACUAAUUCAUGAUUCCAAAAAUGUGAGGAAGGCAAAGGGAUGAAGACCUCUGAAGUUUACUCACCAGUGAUGCAUUAGAUUUUCUUUGACUACAAACAGGAGGCUCUAAGAUUCAUCAGAACAAUUCAUCAUGUUUAUAUCUGUCACAGAAAGAAAAGAACAUUCUCCAGAGGCUUGGUGGAGUUGAUAUUUAGUUUAUGGUGGGAAAAAGUACAGGAAAGUUAUGUCAAUAAAUAUUGACUGAAAACAGUGUUAGUUCCCAUCUCUGUCUGACCUGAACAAAUUCACCAGAAAAGGCAAAAAUCUUUUUUUUUUCUGUUGAGGUCAGCAACGAACCUUCUGGAUCUGGUCUGGAUUCAGUGUCAUGGUGACAGACACUUUACCAGAGUGGAUGUUUGCCAUCAGAGGGGCUUGAACCUUGAAGAAUCUAGAUAACACAACUGCCACCGCUGUAACACUGCUGCCAUGAAAGAGACAUUUUCGCCGAAAGUCAGCUCAACAUUGUAAUUUAACUGUGAAAUAUUGACUUGUUUCAAAAGUACGUACGUAUAAUCAUGUCCAAACCCGGGGAAGACCACAAAAUACAACAAGAGGAAGUUGCAAAAGACAUGAAGCAACACAGGAAGGAGAGGAGUACUUUCAUCAUCAAUUUUCUCAAGUGAAAUUGAAAGCAAUUCAGAUUGAGCUCAUUGCAGCAGUCAGGAAGUCUGUCUGUUCCUCUUGAAAGAAAAAAAAACAUUCAUCUGAACUUCAACAAGAAAGUCGUCAACAAACACUUUCUGUAGACAUGGCAACAGCCGGCAGUCUCCUCUCCGAAGAUCAGUUUCUGUGUUCCAUCUGUCUGGAUGUGUUCAACGAUCCAGUCUCCAUACCAUGUGGACACAACUUCUGCAAAAACUGCAUCACAAAACACUGGAAUAUUAGUGUUCAGUGUCAGUGUCCACUGUGUAAUAAGCGUUUUGACAUAAGACCAGAACUGCAUGUCAACACUUUCAUAUCUGAGAUGGCUGCUCAGUUCAGACAGUCAGGCUUAGAGGAAACCAAUAGCUGCUCAGAGCAACAACAAGCCAAACCAGAAGUUCUCUGUGACGUCUGCACCGAAACCAAACUGAAGGCCUUGAAGUCCUGCCUGGUGUGUCUGACCUCCUACUGUGAGACUCACCUGGAGCUUCAUCAUAGAGCCCCUGGUCUGAAAAGACAUAAGCUGAUUGAUCCUGUGACGAACUUGGAAGGCAGGAUGUGCAAGAAACAUGAAAGACCUCUAGAGCUGUUCUGCAAGACUGACCAGAUAUGUGUUUGUCGGUUCUGCAAUGAGUCAACUCACAUGAGACAUCUUAUUGUUCCUUUGAAAGAUGAAUAUGAAGGAAAGAAAGCAAAACUCGGGAAGACAGAGGCUAAAAUUCAGCAGAUGAUCCAGGAGAGACAACUGAAGAUUUGGGAGCUCCAACACUCAGUGGAGUUCAGCAAAGAGGAGGCAGACAGAGAGCUAGCUGACAGUGUGCAGGUCUUUGCUAAUAUGAUUCAGUCUGUUGAGGAAAGUCUUGCUAAACUAAUUGAGAUGAUUGAAGAGAAGCACAAAACAACAGAGAAACAGGCUGAAGGUCUCAUCAAAGAGCUGGAAGAGGAAAUCUCAAAGCUGAUGAAGAGAAGUGCUGAGCUGGAGUAUCUCUCAUGCACUGAAGACCACCUCCAGUUCCUCCAAAGCUGUCCAUCCCUGAACUCUGCUCCACCCUGCAAAGACUGGUCAGAGGUCAGAGUUCACUCAUCAAAUGAGGGGACUGUAAGGAGAGCUGUGGCUCAGCUGGAGGAGACACUCAGUCAAGAGAUAAAGAGGCUGCUUGAGGCUGAACUGAAGACGGUCCAGCAGUAUGCAGUGAAUGUGACUUUCAAUCAGGAAACAGCGCAUCCUAAACUCAUCCUAUCAGACCAUGGGAAACAAGUCAGUCACGGUGAUGUAAAACAGAAUCUUCCAGACAACCGAGAGAGAUUUUCUUCAUGUUGUGGUGUGUUAGGAAAGCAGAGCUUCACUUCAGGCAGAUUUUACUAUGAGGUUCAGGUUAAAGAGAAGACUGACUGGACUUUAGGAGUCGCCAGAGAGUCAAUAAAUAGGAAGGGGGAAAUUAAGGUUUGCCCCAGGAACGGCUACUGGACUGUAUGGUUGAGAAAAGGAGAUGUAUAUCAUGCUAAUACUAGCCCUCCUGUCCGUCUCUUGCCGAAGUUAAAGCCUCAGAAGGUGGGGGUGUUUGUGGAUUAUGAGGAAGGUCUGGUCUCCUUUUAUGAUGUAGAUGCUGCAGCUCUUAUCUACUCCUUUACUGGCUGUAAGUUCAAAGAGAAACUCUAUCCGUACUUCAGUCCCUGUUCUAAUGAUGGUGGUAGAAACUCUGCCCCUCUGAUUAUCUCUCCUGUCAAUAACACAUAUUUGACCAAUGUUUAGAUUUUUUAAAUAAAGGAUUUAUUUGGAUGAUGUGAACACGAAAACAAAUUCAGCUCCAUGUAUGAAAAGGCCACCAAACUAAUUUAAACUGGACUUGGAUGAAAGUAAAACCAAGUAAACCUCAGACCAAUUCCAUAUCCACAGCUUAAUUAAUCAGCAUUGAAUGAAUGCUUAAUAGAGCAUUUUAGUCUCUUUUAGCUCAUUGUUUUGGCUUUACAAGUUACCAAAUCAGAGCUAAAGGAGAGUAAAUAUCGGACUUACAUUCAUCAGGUGACAAGCAUUACGAUUCCAACAGGAUGAUAAUGUUUCAUAUUUGCUGUAUGUGUAAGAAGGCUAUCGUUUGCUAACACAAUAGCCAUGACAAUUUUAAAAGGUGAUAAUAUGUCACGGUUGUAUGUCUGUCAGCUUCUUUUGAAGUUCUUCUGGCUCCUGGUGGCCGAAUGUCCACUAAUGCAACUUUA